CCCUCAUGGCGGCAGGAGGCGGCGGCCACCCCAGCGGGGGCGCGGCGGGGCCGUCGUCGUGGACGCGCUCCCUGGAGCGGGCGCUGGAGGAGGCGGCGGCCAGCGGCGCCCUCAGCCUGAGCGGCAGGAAGCUGCGAGACUACCCCCGGGGCAGCGCCGCCAGCCACGACCUCAGCGACACCACCCAGGCCGAUUUGUCACGGAACAGACUCGCGGAGCUGCCGCCUGAAGUUUGUCUCUUUGUGUCCCUCGAGAGCCUUAACUUGUACCAGAAUUGUAUCCGCUAUAUCCCAGAAGCCAUCCUGAACCUGCAGUCUUUAACCUUUCUGAAUAUCAGCCGGAAUCAGCUCUCGACGUUGCCAGUUCAUUUGUGCAGCAUCCCCUUGAAAGUUUUGAUAGCAAGCAAUAACAAGCUCGUCUCGCUACCCGAAGAAAUCGGAAACCUCAGACACCUGAUGGAGCUUGAUGUCAGCUGCAAUGAAAUCCAGACAGUUCCCCCCCAGAUUGGCAAUCUGGAGUCUCUGCGGGACCUAAACAUCAGAAGAAACCAUUUGGUGCAUUUACCUGAGGAGCUUGCUGAGCUGCCUUUGAUACGGCUAGAUUUCUCCUGCAAUAAAAUCACCACAAUCCCUGUUUGCUACCGGAACCUCAGGCACUUACAGACAAUCACGUUAGAUAACAACCCGCUGCAGUCGCCCCCCGCUCAGAUAUGUAUAAAAGGAAAAGUCCACAUAUUUAAAUACCUGAACAUGGAGGCAUGCAAAGUCGCUCCGGAUCUUCCAGACUACGAAAGGCGGCCGAUGGGAUUCGGUUCCUGCCACGAGGAACUAUACUCCAGCCGGCCAUAUGGAGCGCUGGAUUCAGGCUUCAAUAGCGUGGACAGCGGAGACAAAAGGUGGUCAGGAAAUGAACCGACAGAUGAAUUUUCUGACCUUCCUCUUCGAGUAGCAGAGAUUACAAAAGAGCAGCGAUUAAGAAGAGAAAGCCAGUACCAGGAGAACAGAGGGAGCCUGAUCGUCACCAAUGGUGGAGUGGAACAUGAUCUGGAUCAGAUCGACUUUAUCGACAGCUGCGUCACGGAAGAGGAGGAGGAAGAGGUGAGGCAACCCAAGAGCAUGGAGCCGGACAGCCUCAGCUCACAGUUCAUGGCCUAUAUCGAACGGCGAAUCUCACACGAGGGCUCACCAGUAAAACAGAUACCUACCCGGGAAUGUCAUAGGACAGAAGAUGUGAGAAGAUUCUUGCACCACAAUAGAGAUGCAGAGGAGUUAAGACGGCCUGAAAGUCUGAGUUUGACGCACGACAGGGAACGACAACAAACACCGAGGGGCUACUUGGACCGGGCAGAGAGGAGCUCCAGCGACUUCUCAUGCCUUGCGUCCCUGCCAAAUGCCCACAGUCAGGUCUCUCACUCGGAUGCGGAUCUGCACAGGAGGCGUGAGCAUUUAGUGGAGCGCACUCGAAGGGAAGCCCAGCUGGCGGUGCUGCAGUUUGAGGAAGAGAAGAUGAGGACAAAACAGAUCCAGAGGGAAGCUGUCCUCGACUUUGUCAAACAAAAGGCAUCCCAGAGUCCUCAGAAGAAGCAGAGUCCUCUGGAUAGUGAGUGCCCCUUUCCGUCCAGAAAGUCCCACCACACUGACGAUAGUGCCUUGCUGGUGAGUGACGACCGGUCAACAAUCUCACCAAAUUCACCUACUUCUCAAACAGUUCACCUUUCUGCUCCAUAUCCCGGCCCCGCCGCUGCUGCCGCUACAGCUCCAUCCUACCGAAAUUCUCCCCAACGUCCCGAGAGCUUCCUUUUCCGAAAUGCUGCCAGGGAUGACGUGAGCAAAGCCGCCGCACUGCCACCCUCUCCUGCCUCCGCUCCUGCUAACAGCGCCGAAGUCUGUAGCGAGAACCACAGUUCCAAGCUGCCGGAAGAAGAGGUCGAGCUGAUAGAGCAGCUACGGAAAAACAUUGAGUCACGGCUGAAAGUGUCCUUGCCCAGCGAUCUUGGCGCAGCGCUGACCGACGGGGUGGUGCUCUGUCAUUUAGCCAAUCACGUGAGGCCUCGCUCCGUUCCUAGUAUUCACGUCCCCUCGCCAGCUGUUCCUAAACUAACGAUGGCAAAGUGUAGGCGGAACGUGGAAAAUUUCCUGGAAGCUUGCCGAAAGAUCGGCGUGCCUCAGGAACGAUUAUGUUUGCCUCUCCAUAUUUUAGAAGAGCGAGGGUUGACGCGGGUGGCAGAGACUGUGCAAGCCCUUCUGGAACGGGCCCCCCCAAAACAACAACAGCACCACCACCACCAGCAGCAGCAGCAUCACUCCGCUGCUGUCUAGCCCUCCCAGUGACCUUGCUCCUUUUCCCUUGGCCCAGCCGAAGAGCUCCAGGACUAGACCGCUGGCUGGUGGCUCGUGUCCAGCACGCAGGAAACGUCGUGAUUGGAGGAGGAGGAGGAAAUCGAUAUCCGGGAUUCCCGAUGGGAAUAAUUCGCUUCGUUUUGCCACUUUUAGAAGAGGGGGGGGGGGGAGAAAGGUUCCCAUAGACCUUUUAACCUGUUUUUUUUUCGUUCUGUGUAAAGUGAGUUUUGUUGGGGAGGGAGCCGGGAGAGAGAGUUUUCACUGGCUGCCAGCCUUAUUUUUAAAGACCGGGAUGUGUCAGAAAACUCCAAGGUUCCCGCUAUGUGCCAUUCACACUGCGACGCUCUCACCCGUUUUGACAAGAAUUGCACCCGGAGCGCUUCCGGCUAGCCGAACCUUCUGUCGCCGUGCCCGCGCUCCUCAGUCAGCAGCUCCGAACCCUAACGAUAUUAUCCGGUUAUUGUCUAGCUUUGGCACACAGGCAACGUUGUGAUUGGAAGAGGAGGAGGAAAUAGAAAUCCGGGAUUCC